AUGAGCUAUAACAGACGUUUUUCGAAUAAUUCAAUACACAGUAAUAGUUCAUCGAAUAAUUUGUCAAAUAAUAAUGAUUCGAAUUCGAUCUCUAAAACAUCCGAUAUUUUAGAGAGUUUCUUGCAUAAGCCUGGGCUUGUUUCCUUUAAUAAGCAGAAUUCUAAAUUAGCAAUUGAAAAUACAGAAUUUAUGAAAAAGUUAAUAUCAGGUGCGGUUGCUGAGAGAAAAACAAGCGGAGAUAUGUUUCCAAGAAAGAUCAUAAAAAAAUGUUGCGAAUUGUAUAAUAAUCUCGAUGAGGAAGACAGAAUAAAGUUCAUAACUAUCCUUGCUCGCGAUUUUGGCAAAGAAAACGUCAUUGAUGCCGCGCAACAUUACGUGAAUUUAUCCAGUGCAGAUGCCGUAGGCAUUAUUCUCGCUCAUGCAGUUUUAACUUAUGAAUAUGGAAGAGCAACAUUACGUGCUGAACAAAUUUUGCGACACGCUAUUAUACCAUCGCACAACAUUUUCUUUGAUCGCAUAAACGAAUUACCAGAAGGAACUAAAUUCUUAAUAGAUAUGCGUGCUGAUUUAUUGUCAUUUAUAAGGGAAAAUGCCCAUGAAGUAGCUCUUUCCGCUAUAAAUGAGAAUUUGAAGGAAAAAUUGUCAAAUUGGUUGCUGGGAUCCAUCGAUUUAAAGCAAAUUACAUGGAAUUCACCUGUACAAAUUUUGGAAAAAAUUAAAGAAUACGAAGUAGUACACCCAAUAAAAGAUUGGCAAGAUAUGAAAAGUCGUGUUGGACCUGGGAGGCAUAUGUUUGCGUUUUUUUGUAGUAGACUUCCAUAUGAACCGCUUGUUUUUAUUCAUGUAGCUUUUACUAAAGAAAUUUCAGGGAAUGUGCAGGUUAUACUGGAAGAAUCAAAUCUCGAGACUUCUAUAAAAGUACCUGAGGAUAUUAAUUGUGCUAUAUUCUAUUCGAUUACCCGUCAACCGGGUUUGUCAGGAAUUGAACUCGGAAAUUUCUUAAUUAAGAGUGUAGUUCGUAAGUUACAAGCUGAGUUUUCAUCUAUUGAAACAUUUUCAACGUUGAGUCCAAUACCUGGAUUUCGUCGUUGGUUGGUCGCUGCAAUAAACAUUGAAGGUGAUUCUAUACUGGUAAAUGGAGAAGCACAGAAGAUUAAGGAAUUGGGUGCUAGAACUAGUCCUGAACUUUAUAAAACAUUAGAUAAGAUUAAUGCUACAAGAGUGCUAUAUAAUAUUAUUAAAACAAAUGAGUGGUCCAAAGAUGAAUAUUCUGUCCAAGUGUUAAGACCUAUUUUGAUGAGAUUAUGCGCAAGAUAUAUUCUUACUGAGAAGCGAAGAAACCUUGCUCUUGACCCUGUUGCUAAUUUUCAUAUCCGUAAUGGCGCGUGUGUUUAUCGCCUAAAUUGGCUAGGAGAUACAUCAGAACAAGGUUUUGAAAAGUCAUUCGGAAUAAUGAUAAAUUAUAACUAUGUACUCGAACAUCUUGAGGGCAACAACAGACAAUAUUUGAGUGAUGGUACGAUUACUAUACCUUACGAAGAUCCUGUGUUAAUCGAAGAGGCUAAGAAUUCUCCAAAUGUCAAAAUAAUAUGA